AUGGUAGAGCUCCUUUGUGUUAAGAUUCAUUUUAGUGGUUACCAGUCAAGCACAGACUAUUCUGAGAGCCCGGAGGAAGACUCACAAGAAUCGGCAAGGUCACUGAAGGUGGUGUCAAGGAAGGAAUUAUUUCGAAAGACCAAAAGUAAUCUGAAACGUGGUCAUCCCUCACAUGACAGAGAAAGAUCUAGACCAGAUCCUCAUGUGAAUCCACGAAGCAUUAGCACUGUUAUUGAAGAGAGCCAGGAGACAGACAUACGAGAGUCGGCAAGGUCACCAAAAGUGGUGUCAAGGAAGGAAUUAUUUCAAAAGAUCAAAGCGAAUCUGAAACGUGGUCAUCCCUCACAUGACAAUGAAAGAUCUAGACCAGGUCCUCAUGUGAAUCCACGAAGCAUUAGCACUAUUAUUGAAGAUGACAGUGAUUCCUAUGAGGAACAUGAUGAAAAUGGCAUCAGUAAGGAGAACAGCUUUAAAAGCGAUGAUCUUGUUAGUGGUAGUAAUGGUGUUCCUGGUCACAUCCAAUUCUCCACUGGCUUUGUUCCAGAUGCCAAUGUUACGGUUUAUGACACCAAUAAAGAUCAAUACGAUACCUACGAUCUAGAUGAUACCACCACCUAUGAUGGCUCAAAUGCCAAUUAUGGUGACGAUGCCACCAUUAAAGAUGACUAUGAUACCUACGAUACUAUUGAUGACACCAGCAAAGAUGAUUAUGAUACUAAUUAUGUCAAUGAUAACACCGAAGAAGAAUUGGAUACCUAUAACCUGGGUGAUAUCGCCACCUAUGAUGACUCAAAUACUAAUUAUGUCAAUGAUAACACCGAAGAAGAAUUGGAUACCUAUAACCUGGGUGAUAUCGCCACCUAUGAUGACUCAAGUAAGGAGAACAGCCUUCAAAGUGAUGAUCUUGGUGGUGAUACUAAUUAUGUCAAUGAUAACACCGAAGAAGAAUUGGAUACCUAUAACCUGGGUGAUAUCGCCACCUAUGAUGACUCAAAUACUAAUUAUGUCAAUGAUAACACCGAAGAAGAAUUGGAUACCUAUGAUAUGAUUGAUGACACCAGCAAAGAUGAUUAUGAUACCUAUGACCAGGGUGAUACUGCCACCAAUGAUGACUCAAAUACUAAUUAUGUCAACGGUAACACCGAAGAAGAAUUGGAUACCUAUAACCUGGGUGAUAUCACCACCUAUGAUGACUCAAAUACCAAUGAUGUGGAUAAUGCAACCACUAAAGAAGACUUGGAUACUAAUGAUAUAGUUGAAAAUACAGAAGAUGACUCUGAUACCUAUGAUACAACUGAUGACACCAGCGAAAAUGAAUAUGAUACCUAUGAUGCGACUGAUGACACCAGCGAAGAUGCCUCUGAUACCAGUGAUAUAGAUGCUGAUCCCAUCAAAGAAGAAUCUGAUACCAAUAACACCGAGAAUAGCAACAGCAUGACUGAUAAAUCUAGUGACAACCUAGAAACAGAACAAAAUAUUUGUGUUCUGUCUGACAAGGACCAGAGGAAGACUAUCCCUAAAGAGAAGAUAAAUCCACCACCAAUUAAGGUCCAGUCAAAGAAGAACAGAUGCUUUCAUGCCCUAAUGAGAAGGCUGGGGCUGAAGCAUCCCAAGUCUUCCAGGGUGGGUCCUGAAAUAAAAACUGCCGAUCAGACAGAAAAUGCCUGCGGCAUCAGCAAAGGAUUACCUAAGGAGGACCAAGGAACUAGCUUAGAAGAAAGAGCAAAACCAUCCCCGGUUGUGGUCCAGUCAAGGAAGCGCAGAUUCCUAACUGCUACCUUGAGAAAACUGGGCCUUAGGUGCUACAUAAGCCCAUGCACCAGACCUGAACCAUCGAUGGUGAAGAUGACAGACAAAGCCUGUGACACCAAUGAUGACUAUGGCAAUAACUACUCUGACUCUAAGGAUAAUGUGGCCAUCGCGAGCACCAGCAACCUGGCAUGCCCUAGUGAUCCAGUUGAGCCGGCAGAAGCCCCAUGCCCUGCAUGGGAGCACAAGAAAUAAGUGUUCCCGUGCCGUCCCCCAAAUCCCUGGAGGUGGCACCAAAAAGUGCCACUUUCAUCCCCCCCUUAAUAUUCAUGAUCCACGGAUGCUGUGUUGGGCUCUAUUAGUGAACAUAUUACAUCCUUCUCCAAACCCAUCUGUUCUCACUGUCAAUAGAGAAGCUACAGUGAGGCUUGAGAACAAUUCAUAUAUUAGGACUGCAGGCAAGUAAAGAGAUCUGCAAGCUGCUGUCUCACGUGCACAGAAGAGUGCACCUCUCCCAAAUAUACGUGUGGUAAGAAUUCUCAUUCACCUGCUACAAGAACAGGUCUUUGCAAGACUGCCAGGAAACACCGGCACCCGUUUCUGCACAAGCACCCUAUGGAGCUUGUCCACUACCGUACUGAGAAAAUUAGCUUCGGAAAUAAACCCUGCAGGAAACCAUCUCACAAGUGGGCGGUGAACCUGCUGUCACUUGGUCAGCUGCUGAACAUCUACCUGAUCUUGCUGUGCCUGCAGCGGUAUCAGUAUUUGCCUCUUGUACAGAACAGUGCACCUCUCCCACAUAUACGUGUGGUAAGAGUUCUCACUCACCUGCUACAAGAGCAGGUCUUUGUAAGACUGCCAGGAAACACCGGCACCCGUUUCUGCACAAGCACCCUAUGGAGCUUGUCCACUACCGUACUGAGAAAAUUAGCUUCGGAAAUAAACCCUGCAGGAAACCAUCUCACAAGUGGGCGGUGAACCUGCUGUCACUUGGUCAGCUGCUGAACAUCUACCUGAUCUUGCUGUGCCUGCAGCGGUAUCAGUAUUUGCCUCUUGUACAGAACAGUGCACCUCUCCCACAUAUACGUGUGGUAAGAGUUCUCACUCACCUGCUACAAGAGCAGGUCUUUGUAAGACUGCCAGGAAACACCGGCACCCGUUUCUGCACAAGCACCCUAUGGAGCUUGUCCACUACCGUACUGAGAAAAUUAGCUUCGGAAAUAAACCCUGCAGGAAACCAUCUCACAAGUGGGCGGUGAACCUGCUGUCACUUGGUCAGCUGCUGAACAUCUACCUGAUCUUGCUGUGCCUGCAGCGGUAUCAGUAUUUGCCUCUUGUACAGAACAGUGCACCUCUCCCACAUAUACGUGUGGUAAGAGUUCUCACUCACCUGCUACAAGAGCAGGUCUUUGUAAGACUGCCAGGAAACACCGGCACCCGUUUCUGCACAAGCACCCUAUGGAGCUUGUCCACUACCGUACUGAGAAAAUUAGCUUCGGAAAUAAACCCUGCAGGAAACCAUCUCACAAGUGGGCGGUGAACCUGCUGUCACUUGGUCAACUGCUGGACAUCACCUUGAGCUUGUUGUCCCUGCAGCGGUAUCAUUGUGUUUGCCACCAGCUUGGCAUAGAGCAAGGCCAGCAAUCUGGAUAGCGGUGAAGUUGUUGAGCCCAUACCCAGAUGAUCCUAAUACAAAAGCUCGCUGAAAGAAUUAGAAGAACACUUCAAACGGCUGGACUUAUUAUUGCCGUUAUUAUGGGAAUGAUUGCAUUGACUGCGACUGCUGCAACAGCCGGAGUGGCCGUUCAUGAAGAAAUAGAAACUGCUGAGUUUGUUAGGGCCUGGAAUAAACAUUCAGCAGAAAUUAAGACUGAAGAAAACAUAAAAAUAGUGAGAUAGUUAAUUAUUAGCUUACUAGAGGCAAGUUGUUAUGUUGUUAGAAGUAGAUAAAAUUAAACUGUGAUUGAAAUGUUA